AGCCAUGAAGCUUAAAAGAGGAAAUAAGUUUAAGACCUCAUCGAAACUGAAGCAAAAAGGCAUCCAAGUAACAGGGCAAUGGAAACCUAUUGAGAUCGACCCAAAUCUUUUUGCCGAUGAGCAGCUUGGUGGCUUAGUAUGUUUUGAAGAACUUACAGAUUAUAAACUGGUGUCUUCCUUGAAAGUGGGAGAAGAAACCAAGACGAGAAAACCCAAUAGUGAGGAGGAGGAGGAAGAUCCUGUGAAGACAGAGAGCCCCGUUCUUAAAAAGAAGAGAAAGAAAGAGAAGAAUCUGGGACAGGAGGCCAGGGGAGACACCGCACUGAACACAGAGGAUCAGGCAACCGAGUGGGAAGAUGCUGUCGUUAGCCAAGUUGAAAGUGAUGUGGGAGCUGCGACAAGCCUAAAAAGAAAACAGAAAAAGAGAAAACGGAAGAAAGCAUGUUCUCCCCAAGACGUACACACCACUACUUCUAAAAAGGCGAAAAACUGGACAGCGGAAGUUCUGUCUGCCUCGUCGGAUCUCCAAGUAGACAUGUCCACGUGGAAAGGUCUCUUUGUUCCUGCCCCUGUUCUUCGGGCACUGAGUGAAUUAGGGUUCAGUGCUCCAACUCCUAUUCAGGCUCUGGCUCUGCCUUCUGCCAUUCGAGACAGCAUGGAUGUCCUUGGUGCUGCGGAAACAGGAAGUGGAAAGACGCUCGCUUUCGCAAUUCCAAUGAUCCACUCCAUCCUGCAAUGGCAAGCAGCGAAAGGUUUGGCAAGUGAAAGUGACGGUACCCUUGAAGAAGCAGCAGGUAGAGAGGAUGAUUUGCCAAGCUUGGAAGUGACUGAGGAAGCAGAAGGCCUGAACCCUGAUGGGAGCGAGGCUAGUGGUACCGUUGCUGAGGAUGACGAAUCUCCGGCAACAGGCUGCGUGAAGGUGUCGGAGGAUAUGGAAUCAGAUUUGGGUGCCAAGAAACAUGAUGUAAAGAAAAGCAAUCCUCUUCUGGGAUUGGUCCUAACUCCUACAAGGGAAUUGGCAGUCCAAGUCAAACAUCAUAUUGAUGCAGUGGCCAAGUACACAGAUAUUAAGUCAGCCCUUCUUGUUGGUGGGAUGGCUUCUCAGAAGCAGCAGCGAGUCUUGAAAAGGAAGCCAGAAAUCAUUGUCGCAACCCCAGGGCGCCUGUGGGAGCUGAUUCAGGAGAGGCAUCCGCAUCUCUCAAGCCUCCGGCAGCUCAGAUGCCUGGUGAUAGAUGAAGCUGACCGGAUGGUUGAGAGAGGACAUUUCUUAGAACUCUCUCAAUUGCUGGAAAUGCUGAACGAUUCCUACUAUAACCCCAAGCGUCAGACGUUUGUCUUUUCUGCCACCCUGACUCUGAUCCAUCAGACUCCCACUAGAGUUCUCCAGAAGAAAAAAGCCAUGAAAAUAGACAGGAAAACCAAGCUGGAGAUGCUGAUGCAGAAAGUGGGCAUCAGGAGCAAGCCUAAAGUGAUUGACCUGACGAGAAAAGAAGCCACCGUGGAGACUCUCACUGAGACCAGAAUCCACUGUAAUGUGGAAGAGAAAGACUAUUACCUCUACUACUUUCUGCUGCAGUACCCGGGCAGGACCAUGGUGUUUGCAAACAGUAUAGACUGCAUCAAACGACUAACCGCACUCUUGACCAUAUUGGACGGCAAUCCUCUGCCUCUUCAUGCAAAUAUGCACCAGAAACAAAGACUAAAAAACCUGGAGAGGUUUGCAGAACGUGACCGCUGCGUCCUCCUCACAACCGACGUUGCCGCUCGUGGUCUCGACAUCCCUAAUGUGCAGCACGUCAUUCAUUACCAGGUUCCUCGAACUUCCGAAGUCUACGUGCACAGGAGUGGCAGGACGGCUAGAGCCGCCAGCGAGGGCCUGAGCUUGCUGCUGAUUGGCCCGAGCGAUGUGAUGAAUUUUAAAAGGAUUUACAAGACAUUGGCAAAGAGCGAAGAGCUUCCCUUUUUUCCGGUGGAAAUGAGAUACAUGACUGCUAUCAAGGAGCGGGUGAACUUGGCACGACAGAUUGAGAAGGUGGAGUAUUUCAGCAGCCGAGCAAAACAGCACAAUUCUUGGCUGCAGCAAGCCGCAGAUGCUCUUGAGCUGGAUCUGGAUGAUGCGGACCUCAUAGGAGGCCGGCCCGAUGAGGAAGAAGAGAGUCAGAAACAGAAGAUGCUGAAAGGGAUGAAGAAGCAUCUGAAGCAUUUGCUGUCCCAGCCAGUCUUUAAAAAUUUUAUGAAGACCAAAUACCCAACCCAGUCUGGAAAACUGCUUUUGCCUGACCUUUCCGAGAUGAGUUCACAGUCUGCACUGGGUGCCGUGUCAAAAGCACAGAGGAAGAAGAAGAAGAUGAAGCAAAGUGAGGACAUCUGA